AAAAUAAUAAUAACCCCCCCAAAAAACACCAAACCGCCCCCAAAAAACCCACCCCAAGCACCCGGCUCCGGGAUCAAGCUGACUAAGGACCAUGAGCGAAUCCAGCGCCAAAUCCAGCCAGGCCCUGGCUUCCAAGGGGGAGAAGGACGUGUCGGAGAAGAGGGGCCGGGGGCGACCCAGGAAGAAGCCGCAGCAGGAGCCCAGUGAGGCCCCGACCCCCAAGCGACCCCGCGGACGGCCGAAGGGCAGUAAAAACAAGGCCAGUGCGAAAGGCAGGAAAGCUGCAGUCACACCAGGGAGAAAACCUCGAGGACGACCCAAAAAGUCGCAGCAGGAUGAAGAGGAGGUGAACAUUUCCCAGGAAUCAUCCGAGGAGGAGCAGUGAAGCCUCCGGAACCGGCGCUACCUCAUUGCCUGAUCGACGGUCCCGUGUCCCCGGCGGCCGGGGGACAGGGAUGGGGAGAAACCCACGGCGCGGCCCUGGCUUUGUCCUCCUCCCUCCUCCGCUCCCUUCUCACCCUCAGACAACGGCAGCACUGGAAAAUGGCCCAACCCGGGUGGCCCCCACAGCCCCCUGCCCCAGUUCCCCUCUCUCCCCAGUGCUGGGUUAUGGGGCAGCCCCACCGGCAAAGGGGGUGCCUGGCAGAGAGCUGGGGCUGGGACCCCCUGCCUUUGCUGCCCCCCCAAUGCAGCGAUCUCACCCAUCCAAAGCAGGCACUGGGCUUUGUCCCAAGGACCCUGCAGGGAAGGGAUGAGGGGGUCAGCGAAGGCGAGACCCCCACAUGGAUCUGACCUUAGCCCUGGCCUGCUGCUACCCCAGGCAAACCUCCCCUUGUGCCCCCCCCAAGUCCUGGGCAACUGCUCCGUGUGUGUGGGAGCAGCACCCGCAGCACUGCUGGGGCUCGGUGCCCAUCCAUGGGGUUCCCAAAUGGGGCCAGCUCAGGGCAGCCCCUUCCCCCUCGGUUCUGCUAUAAACAGAGAAUUGUUUUUUAGUACUUGCUUUGGGGUUGUUUUCCUUUCAUUCACAACUACCUCUGGAUAUUUAAGUUCCUCUCUGCACUCACACACGUGCUGCUGCUGUGCCGGGGCAUCGCUGGCUCCAGGGUUCCUUUCUCGGGGGUGUCGCUGGGGGCCGGGGGCUGUUUUUGGUUUGGUUUUUCCCUUCCCCUUUGGGUUUUUUUGGGCUGGUUUUUGUUGGUUUCAUUAAUUGCUGAUUUUACAGCCGAGGUUUUUGUUCUCCUGCUCCCCGGGCCAGCGGCCGCGGCGGGAUGGGGACUGUGGGAUGCUCCCCCUCCGCACCGCUCCCUGCACAGCGGCUGCAGCGGGACCGGGGGUCGGUGCCGGGCAGCCCCAGUGGGGGACAAUUGGGGUUCGGUUGGUUUGGUCUUUUCCUUUUGGGUUCACUGUUAACGACCUUUUGGGUUCCUCUUUGCAGUUACUUGAAUAAAACAUUUUAUGGACGUUUGA